AUGGUGGUGGAUAUUUAUGAAAGUGCAGACGCUGUUAGAGGUCACAACAUCGACCCUGAAGGCAGUAAUACAAAAAAAGACCAAGACACAGGACCAAACACGGAGCUGGUGGUAGAUUUUAGGAAGCAGAGGACCAUCCCUAAACCCAUAAACAUCCCGGGCAGUGAGGUGGACAUUGUGGACAGCUACAAAUACCUGGGAGUUUACAUUGACAAUAAACUGGACUGGUCAAAGAACACUGAUGCUGUGUACAAAAAAGGAGGAGACACUGCAUGGAGCAGGUGUUACAAAGUGACUGCAGUGUGUGUGGUGCUGCUGUGUGUUCUCCUGCUGACUGCCGUCACAGUUCUGUGGAUCAAAUACAACAUCCUCAUUACUGAAAAUAACCAGCUACAGACCAGUUACAACACCCUGACUGUAGAGAGAGACCAGUUACAGACCAGUAACAACAACCUGACUAAUGAGAGAGACCAGUUACAGACCAGUAACAACAACCUGACUAUAGAGAGAGACCAGUUACAGACCAGUUACACCAACCUGACUAUAGAAAGAGACCAGUUACAGACCAGUUACACCAACCUGACUAUAGAGAGAGACCACUUACAGACCAGUAACAACAACCUGACUAUAGAGAGAGACCAGAUACAGACCAGUAACAACAACCUGACUAUAGAGAGAGACCAGUUACAGACCAGUUACACCAACCUGACUAUAGAGAGAGACCACUUACAGACCAGUUACACCAACCUGACUAUAGAGAGAGACCAGUUACAGACCAGUUACAACAAUCUGACUAUAGAGAGAGACCAGUUACAGACCAGUUACAACACACUGACUAAAGAGAGAGACCAGAUACAGACCAGUAACAACAACCUGACUAUAGAGAGAGACCAGUUACAGACCAGUAACAACAACCUGACUAUAGAGAGAGACCACUUACAGACCAGUUACAACAAUCUGACUAUAGAGAGAGACCAGAUACAGACCAGUAACAACAACCUGACUAUAGAGAGAGACCAGUUACAGACCAGUUACACCAACCUGACUAUAGAGAGAGACCAGUUACAGACCAGUAACAACAACCUGACUAUAGAGAGAGACCACUUACAGACCAGUUACAACAACCUGACUAUAGAGAGAGACCAGUUACAGACCAGUUACAACAAUCUGACUAUAGAGAGAGACCAGUUACAGAACAGUUACAACAAUCUGACUAUAGAGAGAGACCAGUUACAGAACAGUUACAACACACUGACUAAAGAGAGAGAUGAGUUACAGAGGGAGAGAGAAAGAUACAUGAGGACACUUUGUGAUUUGUACAAAGAAUACAAGCAGUGCUUUAUCUCCAGCUCCAGUCUUUAUUUCAUGUCUAAUGAGUACAAGAACUGGACUGAAAGCAGACAGGACUGCAGAGACAGAGGAGCAGACCUGGUGAUCAUAAACAGCAGAAAGGAACAGGAGUUCAUCAGUAAACAGAGGAAUAACAAAAUUCAGGCUUGGAUUGGUCUGAGUGACAAAGAUACAGAAGGAGAGUGGAAAUGGGUGGACGGAUUUUAUAGAUUAAAGAUGUUUCAGGGUUCUUCUGAGCGAGUGGAUGUGAUGGUGGCUGUCUAUGAGAGUGUAGAUGCCAUUAGAGGUCACGACCCUGACACAAAGACGGAAGAUGCUGAAGCAAUGAGACAUCUAGAAGCACAACGCACAGAAAGAGACUCUGCAUGGAGCUGGUGUUACAGACUGACUGCAGUGUGUGUGGUGCUGCUGUGUGUUCUCCUGCUGACUGUCAUCACAGUGCUGUGGUUCAAAUACAACAACCUGACUAUAGAGAGAGACCAGUUACAGAGGGAGACAGAUGGAUGUCUGAGGAAAUUUUGUGAUUUGUGUAAGUAAAUAGAUUUUUGUUUCAGCUUCAACUCCAGUCUUUAUUUCAUGUCUAAUGAGGAGAAGAGCUGGACUGAGAGCGGACAGGACUGCAGGGACAGAGGAGCAGACCUGGUGAUCAUAAACAGCAGAGAGGAACAGGAGUUCAUGGGUAAACAGCUGGGCACCUUUGAGGGUUGGAUUGGUCUAAGUGACAGAGAUACAGAGGGAGAGUGGAAAUGGGUGAACGGUACACCACUGACUACUGCGUUCUGGGCUAAAGGGGAACCGAAUGAUGUAGGUGAUGAAGACUGUGCCGUAAUUUUUAGUGCUCCAAAUGUGACCGUCUGGAAUGACAAGAAUUGCUUUAUUAAACAACCCUGGAUCUGCAAGAAGCAUUUUUCAUAG